AUGUUUGAACAGGAGCUCUCAGCAGAAGAGUGUAGAGAAAAGGCAGCAGCUGUUCUCCCUGAAAACUGCAUACAACAUUUGAAAAGCAACAACUGGAAAGAGAGGAUUUCCAGCAUGGAUACCAUUCAGAAGACUGUCAGGGAGAUGAAGACAAGUGAGAUACCAUGCCAAGCCCUGGUGAGACUGCUGUUACAAGGACAUGAGGAAACAAAUCUCCAAGUGAUGCAGAAGAAGCUUCACACCAUCAUUUUGCUAGCCCAGAAAGGAGACUUCUCCAGAACAUCUGCUCAAAUUGCAUUGGAAAGUGUGGUGGAAAUGGUGGGAGAUGUGCUAUGCAGCAGCAAUGCUCAAGGAACCCUAACAGUUAUAGCAGAGGCAUGUUCACUGCCUUGGACUGCAAAGACAGCUAUACUAUUGGCCUUCUCACAGAACAACUCCAGGAUCCAUUCCAAGAUCUUGGACUGGACGUCAAAAGCAAUUCUGGAGUUUGGCUUUGAAGGGAUGGAGGCCAAGACACUGGUCAAGGCCCUGAAGAUUGCUCUCACUGCUCUUCACUCAGGUGUGCAGAGAUCAGCCAUCACCUUGCUGGGUGUUAUUUACCUGUACAUGGGAGACUCCCUAAGAGCACUGAUUGAGAGUGAAGAGCUGCCUUUCCUUCCCCAGGUAGAUGCUGAGCUGAAAAAGCUGCAUGGACAAGUCCCACCAAUUCCCAGUCAUGCCAACCCCAAGUUAUGCCCAGAUGACAGGGUCCAGGAGGACCCAGGGAAUCACAGAACGACUAAAGCCAUAGACAUUAGUGACAGGAUCACACCAGAAUUGGUGUCAAAACUGGUUGAGAAGAACUGGACCAUCCAGAGGGAGGGCCUGGAAGAGGUUGCAGCGAUCCUUCAGGAUGCCAGAUUCAUCCAGCCAAACAUAGAAGAGCUCCCAGGAGUUUGUCUGUGCAACCCAAACCCCACCCAAGUACAGAUGACCCUAAGUGUCCUCCAGCAACUGUCUGCAGCCAUGGGUUCAAAUGUCAAACAGCACAUGAAGGAUUUGGGCUUUCCCCUCAUUGCUCUCUUUAGGGAAAGCAAGAGCAAUAUGAGAGUUGCCGCCCUGGCUGCCGUGAAUGCCUGGGCUGCACAAAUGAACAUAUUGGAGUGGCUGGAUGGGCAGGACAUUUCCAAAGAUCCAGGUGAAGAAAUGCCUUUGCAGGAGCAAGAGCUGAUGCAGUGGCUGCCUGAACAGCUGCCAAAGCUCAAGUCAGCUCCCUCAGACCUGCUUCAGUGUGUACCUCACCUCUACUCUUCCCUGCAGGACAGAAACAGGGAUGUGCAGAGAGCCUCGCAGGCAGCCCUGCCUUUCUUCAUAAUGCACCAUGGCUUUAAGAUGGAUGAAGCCACCAGUGGGCUGAAGGCAGCAGCAAAGGACCAUGUGCUUGCGACACUGGAGAAUGUCAAUGACAGUCUGACAGCCCAGUCCACUGUUUCUGCUAAGUCACUUCCCAGACACCCUAGAGUCAUCUCUACAAUCACUGUCCCCUCUGUUCUAACCACACCACCUGCAGCAACAGCCUCGUCUUCACAAGCAUCAGCUAAAGAGCCAGAACCCCAUACCAGCAGAGAGGAGAACUGGGGUCCCAAGGAGCUGGAGUCUGGAGAAACAGUCCUGAAAGACACAGGUUUAGCCAAGGAAAAAGCCGAAAUUAAUUCCACUAAGAAGGAUGGGGUCAGCAACCUGGCACCUAUCUUCAUUAUUGUCCCAAAUGGAAAAGAGCAGAGAAUGAGAGAUGAGAAAAGCAGCAAAGUGCUCCAGUGGAACUUCAGAGCUCCCAGCGACAGGUACGUUCAGCAGCUGAAAGCUCAGAUGAGCGACUGUGUGUCCAGCAGCUUCCAGGUGGAAUUGUUCCACUCUAGCUUCCCACACCACAUCAAAGCCUUGGCCAUCAUGGCCAAGCACUUAGAGAUAGAGAAGGAAGGAGUUAUCAGCUGUCUGGAUCUGAUCUUGAAAUGGCUCAUCCUGCGUUUCUUUGACACCAACACAUGGGUCCUUUUCAAGAGCCUAGAUUACCUCAAUCUGCUGCUAACCUUGCUGAUCCAAGAGAAGUACCAGCUGAUGGACAGUGAGGCCAUUUCAUUUCUGCCAUACCUGAUCCUGAAGAUGGGGGACCCAAGGCAAACUGUUUGCAGAUUGGUGCAUGCCAUCAUGAAGAGGAUGUGCCUGAUAUAUCCACCUAAAAAGGUGUUUGGCUUCCUCAUGGAAGGCAUCAAGUCCAGUAACACUAAGCAGAAGGAAGGCUGCCUGGUGGAAAUGGGCUAUCUCCUUGAAACCUAUGGCUUGGAUGUAUGUGAGCCAAGCCCUAGGAAAGCCUUGAAGAGGAUAGCUGCUUUCCUUGGAGACAAACACAGUGCUAUCCAUAAAGCUGCUUUAAACAUUAUGGUUACAGCUUGCAAAACUCAUGGGGAAGCCCUGCUUAAAAUUAUUGGGGAUCUUCCCAAAGAGCAUAUGAGGAUGGGAGGUGUGCAAGUGAGCAGGCUGGUCUCCAGAAAAUACAGUCUCUUUAGACUGAAGGGUAUUAUACAGUUAGAAGCAAUCCCUGAAUUCCAAACCCUGCCUAUCUCGUCAGACACUGACGACACAUGUCAUAACAUCACCUCCACCAUUCAUUCCCUUAUUCGUCGCAUUAGCAGUGAAGACACUGACACCAGCAUCCAGGCCUGCACCCGUGUCUUCCGGGAGAAUAAGCUGGCUCAGGAGGCCUCAGUGGAAGUGCUUAAGGAUGUAAUGAGCAGUCUCUCUGCAUUAAUGAUAGACUUUCUGGAUGGACACCUAGAGAAAGAUCAGAAGCUCAUACAGUCUAUUAAAGUCCUCAUGAAACGGGUAUUGGAAAAAUCUGACCAGACAAGAAUUGUUUGUGCCUUGCUGAAGCUGCUUCAAGACAGCCUCACUGUUAAGGGCAUCCCAGGGAAGUUUUCUGACCUGCUGGCCAAGUGUCUGUUGAAGACCACACAGCUUCUCCCAGCCACCAUCAGCACCAUCAACCUGGAUGAAAUCCUGCUGGAUGCCCACAUACUGAUGAUGAAGGCACUCCGAAAUGAAAAACUGAGGCAGCACACAAACAAACUCCUGCUGUGGGCCCUGGAAACUCUGCUGCAUCACUUGUGCAAGCUGAAAGGAGUGAAGAUCCUGGACCAUCUCACCCUGAUUGAUGAUGCAUCUGGCUCAGAGUUGGAAGCUUACCUCCAAAAGACAGUCAGUCCUGUUAUCAAGUAG